AUGGAGACUGUAAUGCAUUCGAAGACGAGCACUAUAAAUACAGAGUCGUCUGAGAAAAUUAAGGCUGCAUCAGCGCCGAUUUUCCUCUUGCCUUCUACAUCAGAGGCUGCUAAACUUACCAUACAAAUAUCGGCACCAUCUUACUUACACUCUUUGAAGGAAAACAAAGCGCCACCGUUUAGGAGACCAGUACAUGAGGCGCAACCUAAGCUACUGAUCGAAACUUUGGUGACUGAGAAUGAUUGUAUAGAGAUUAUCGCUCAAGCGACUGGAGAAAGUUUAAAAAAGGCGUUAGGUGACUUUCUAGUGAAGAAAAAAAUAGUGGAAAACUAUAAUCUUCCUGAAAAGAAUUUUCUCAUAAGCUUUCUUACUGAGACUAUAGAUUAUGCUGCUCAGCGCCAUUUUCCACCGGACAAGCUGGCCUGUCUCAUGGCCAUGUACCUAGCUACUCAUAAUUAUUUCAAAUGGUACUACUGGAUGGCACCAAUUAAUGUUUGGAAGUAUUUCAAGGAGAUUAUGAUCAGACAUACUAUUGAGGACUCUCCUGAUGGUCAAGAAGUAUUUGAACCAGAAGAAUGCUAUGAUAUAGUAUCUCAUUUUCAUACAGUGUAUAUCAGUAAUCUGCCAUUAGUGCAUUUAGUUACAUUUGGUAGCUACAGAUUGAAAUUAUUGUGGCCCUUUAAACUAAAGUAA